UGAGAGUGUGUCAAUGUCAUUCUCAUAUUUUGUCAACACGUCAUCUUGCAUGUCGUAUCUGUCAAAUGUAAUAAAAUAAACUUUGCAAAAUUAAAUAUUUUGUGAAUUCCUUGUGUAAGAGUGUUUAAUUUAAAAUGGUUCUUAUAGCGGCGACAGUAUGUACAAAAUCGGGGAAAGCUCUGGUAUCACGCCAGUUCGUCGAGAUGACGAAAGCACGUAUAGAGGGAUUGCUAACUGCCUUCCCCAAGCUAAUGACGGCCGGACGACAGCACACAUUUGUGGAAACGGAAUCUGUUAGAUAUGUGUAUCAACCAUUGGAUAAGUUAUACAUGUUGCUGAUAACAACUAAAGCCAGUAACAUUCUGGAGGACUUGGAGACACUGAGACUGUUUGGCAGAGUGGUGCCAGAGUACUGCACUCAGCUGACAGAGGCAGAGGUGCUCAACCAGGCCUUCAAUUUGUUGUUUGCCUUUGAUGAGAUUGUUGCACUGGGCUACAGAGAAAGUGUCAAUUUGGCACAGGUACGCUCAUUUGUGGAGAUGGACUCUCAUGAAGAGAAAAUCUAUCAGGCAGUGCGACAGACUCAAGAGCGCGAAGCGGCCAAUCGCAUGCGCGAGCGAGCCAAGGAGCUGCAGAGGGAAAGACUGGAGGCGGCCAAAAGAGGACAACCACCACGCUCCUCUAGCGGCUUCGGAAGCGGAUUCGGCAGUUCGUCGAUGUCGUCUUCAGCGGCGCCCGAACCGGUCACUGACAAAAUGCCGACCACUCCUGUUAGAGACACUAGCCGGCCGUCAACCCGUUCGGCCAUGAAGCUCGGGUCUCGUGGCACUGACGCGGACUCCUUCGUGUCCCGCUUGAGGAGCGAGGGCGACGCUACCGCCAGCGCCGUGGCCGCGCCGGUCAAGGUCGACAAGGCGCCGGUCGCCAACCAGAAGGACGUACACCUGAGGUUCGAGGAGCGUUUGAACUUGACGGCCGGCCGAGACGGCGACGUACAGAACUUCGAACUAUCCGGUUUGCUGACGUUGCGUAUAACGAAUGAGCAGUUCGGUAAGAUUCACGUGCACGUCGACAACAAGGACACUAGGCCGUUGCAGUUGCAGACGCACCCGAACGUGGACAAGGAGGCGUUCAGGUCGGAGGGCGUGAUCCGCCUGAAGCAGGCGCAGCGGCCCUUCCCGCUGCACAGCGACGUGGGCGUGCUCAAGUGGCGCCUCACGCACGCGGACGCCGCGCCGCUCUCGGUGAACUGCUGGCCGUCAGAGGGCGCGGGCGGCGGCUGCGACGUCAACAUCGAGUACGAGCUGGAGCAGGAGCACCUGACGCUGUCGGACGUCAACAUCACCAUACCGCUGCCUUCCGGCAACCCGUCGGUGGUGGUGCACCAGUGGGAGGGCAACUACGCGCAGAAGGGCCGCUCCAUCAUAUGGAGCAUCCCGCUCAUCAGCCGCCAGCAGAAGAGCGGCACGCUGGAGUUCACGGUAACCCCAGCCAUACCCAAUGACUUCUUCCCACUGACCGUCACCUGGACAUCGGACUCCUCCCUGGCACUCCUCGCCGCUACCAAAGUGACGCAGGCUGAAGACGGCUCCGCCGUGGACUAUUCACAGGACGUCAGCUUCCACGCCGACAAAUACGAGUUUGUGUAGAAUGCGGGUAGUGCGAACAUAUAGUAUACUGUGAGCCCUGUGAGUUGGUUACUUGGCGGCCAUGUUAGUGACGUCACAUCCUUAUUGUGUCUUCUAAGUUGCUAGUUAACUAAGUACGUUAAAGUUAUUAAUGAAUGUGGUCAUCGAUCUAUUAAAACGUGGAUGCACAAUCCACGAAGAAAAAACUUCCCCACUCAAUGAGUGCCAAACACAACUUCUUGGCACUCAAUUUAUGUAGCCGCAUUUGCAAACUCAACUUCAAACUCCUUAAGGUUGAAUUUGCUCUGAAUUUAGGAUUUUAUUGAAUAUUGGACUAUAUUUAAAGGUCUUUAGGUAUAAUUUUCUUUACCAAUAAUUCUAAAACUGUUAAAGCAAAGUUGGCCAGUUUUACAAACAGUUUUACAGUUUUUAAAGUGAAAUUUUCUACAUGAUUAUGCGUCCUUUUGUUAUAAGAAGUCAAUGAUUGUGGUACUUACUUUUUAAAUGUACUGUACUGUAUACUGUGAGCCACAGAUCUUGGGGGCUUAUUAGUGAUGUCACAUCUAAAUUUUUAACUACGUUGUUCAAAUUCAUUUAUUACAAGUAGGCUUAAUACAAUAACUUUUGAAACGUUAUGUUUAAUUAUUUGUAAAUACACUUUGUUUGAAAGGUAAAAAUAGCAGGCUAUAAACUCAACUGUUGUUUUUUUUUAAUUAUCAUUCCUUACAAUAUGUAUUUAAAUUAUUAUCCAAGCAUCUUUGAUGGUUAUACAGAAAAGAAUAUAGGCUAUCAGAACAAUUACUGUUUCCGACUGGUAGACAUUUUUUUAAUAUAGUAAUGGCAUGUUAUAACUAUUACUAGAAUUGUUUUGCUAAUAAAUUGAUUGAUAUUUGCUUAUAAAUUGACUAUAACGAAAAAAGCUUUGAACGUAGCCAAUUUACAGGACUCAUGCUAGUUUGUAAGGGUCGGGUUUGUCCGCAUCAAUUUCGGCUAUUUUACUUUAUAAAUUAUAUAUAUUGUAUUAAUCCGAAAUGUACGCAGUCCCCGGGCAAUAAAAAUAUUAUAUUGUAUGAAUAUUCUAUGUAUUCCAUUAUUUUAAAUUAAAUGAAUAUUAAAAAACUUUAAAACUUAA